AUGAUAGCGGCAUAUAUUGGGGUACUGCAAAAGUACGCAGUUUUCAAUGGACGGGCUAACCGCCCGGAGUACUGGUGGUUCGCACUAGUCCAAACGAUCAUCUUGACUAUAUUGUUUGCCUUGUCUUUCAUUAUUCAUGAUGCGCUUAUAGUCAUUGCAGUGGUGUAUGGACUUGCUACGAUAAUACCGUCUUUGGCAGUGACUAUUCGGCGACUUCAUGACAGUGGUAAGAGCGCAUGGUUUAUUCUGUUUAACUUUAUACCCUUUGUCGGUGGAAUAAUAAUGCUUGUUUUCAUGGUACUUGGAAGUGAGGCGGGUGAGAACAAGUACGGGGCGCAGCCUUUAUAG